AUGCGGCGCGACCGGACGAGGCUGCGGCGGACGAGCGUGAAGGUGGAGGCGGACGAGCGACUGGUCUGGGACGGAGGCGCGAAGCGCGGAGGCAGACGAGUAACUUACCUGCAGCAGCAACAGCAGCAGCAACAGUCCCAAUGUUCCAUCCAAGUGUCUGGGGUGACUUCUUUCUCACUAGACUUUCCCAACCCGGCCAGUUACGAUAUUAGUGACGACGGUGAUCUCUCCGCUGUUUCGCUCUAUUUUCGACUGAUGAGACAGCACGGAUACCACGUCCCAUCCGAUGUGUUCAACAAGUUCAAGGAUGAAGAUGGCAAGUUCAAGUCCGAGCUGUCGAGUGACAUCGAAGGUAUCCUAGGGUUGUACGAAGCUGCAUAUCUGGGCGUGCCAGGGGAGAACAUACUGGAUGAAGCUAUUGAGUUCGCCAAAACUUGUUUGCUCAACUAUUCCGGUGAACGAGUGAGUCCUGCUCUGAAGCGGCCGCUGCGCAAAGGCGUGGAGAAGCAGGAGCAGCUCUUCUUCAUCUCCAUCACUCCAUGUAUGAGCAAGAUAGAAGCCAUGAUCCCAAUCUUCUCCGGCUGGCCAAGCUGUGUUUCAACGUUGUCCAGGAUUUAUACCAGAAUGAGCUCAAGCCUCUUACCAAGUAAUUAA